UUUCAAACCAGAGCGCGGUGAGGGUUAGCUGAAAAUUAUCAAUGACUCCCUCUACGGAUACAACGAUAUAAUAUGACAGACUGUAAACAUGUCAAUAUAAUUUAAAUAAGAGACAAUAGAUAAGGCAAGAAAGUAUCAUAAACGUAGUGUUGUCCCCUUGAUGCCCAGCAAUCCUAGUAAUCAUGAGUGAAACCAUGGGACGUAACGUCGUUCCAUUGUUUAUGAGGACUUACGGAAGAAGUAAAGUCGUUCGAAAGCCAGACGCCUGGCUUAGCCCAGACUACAGAAAAAAGGCUUUCUCCAGCACGGAUGUGUCCGAUCCGUCCUUACUAGACGCGAAUGACAGCUCAGUGCAACUGAAGAAAAGGAAAAAGAAAUGUAGGGCUGCUAAGAGGGCGACGUCAAACUCGAAAGAGGGGGACAGCGAUGUGGAAAACGUAUUCCUUCCCGAGCCUGUAGCCAAAACAACCAAAGUGACAAGCCAGAGAAAGCCACCCCGGCAGCCCAUGAGGAAAGGUCGAGGAAGAGUGCUGCUCAGCAGCAUGAGCGAGAAUGAGAAGCCUACCGCGGUCAUGAGGAGAGGCCAGAAGAAGUCUGCACGCAUCUUCAGUACCAGCGAGAGUGAGGAAGACUCUAUGAUGAAGAAUCCCAGAGUCACCUCAGUGCUCCAAAAGAACAACUCAAGAGCCAAGACAUUAGACAGCUCAGAGAACUCUGCUGAGCCUGCGCCUGGCAAAUUUGUAACUGCUCGGAGAAGAGUCCAGUCAGUUAAACCAAGAGGACCAAGUUCCAAGCCACCGGUUCUCUGUCCAAGCGUGAACCUGGACUCCUCCGAUGACUUUGCGCGGGCCGCCCCCGUGCUCCCUCGCGCAGUAACCCGCCGCAAGCGGCUGCCCUUGCGGCCGCCCGUCAGCCUGGAGCGCACGUCCUCGGACAUCUCCAUGGGCCCGCCCCCCGGUGGCGUCCGCGUCCACCGCCCACAGUCCCUGCUGAACGCGAGUGCCGAUGACCCGUCCCUGCCCUGCCACGCCCCACUCUUCUCCAGCACGCCGUCCGCUGCCCUGGGCCGGCGUCUGCCCCAGAGGCUGCAGGACGCCUCGCUCAGCGGCAUCCACUUCAGCACCGAGGACAGCGCCACCGACACGGAGCUGCCCCGGCAGCCGCAGCAGAAGCGGCCACGGCGGGGGCCGCUUGCACAUAGCCGCCUCCGAGAGACGACGGCCUCGCGCUCGCCUCUGGCGGCCGCAGGAGAUGACCGAGGCAACGCCGAGCGUCAUCGCGAGGCCGCUCUCUCUGGGACAAACGGACAACCGGCACCAGCAGAGCAGACCGGUCAGGUGAGCGUGGAGCUCGCCAGCCAGUCGGUGGAGGUGGCUGAUAGCCAGGCUGCAGCACCCAGUCCCAUGAAGCCGCCCAGCCAGCUGGCGGACUCUCCCGGUGGAGCUCAAGGGACAGCCGGAGAGUCUGGGCAGGAGGAGCAGCUGGCCAGCCUGGUGCUCUUCUCGCGGGUGGAGGAGGAGGAGGGGGCCGAGGGGGCGGACGAUGACGAGCAGGCGGCCAGCGGCUUUGUGACGGCCGAGACGCGCCUGGACUCCCUGGUGGAGACACUGAAGGAGCGGUGUCGGACGGCCAGCCCCGUGGUGAGGCUGCCGCGGACCAACCUCCUCCUCCCCCUGCCCAUACUGGACAGCAGCAGCCAGAUUCUCAGCGCGGGGGAGACCUUCUCCUCUUGCCUGGACAGCCAGCCCAUUGUCCGCACCAGCGCCAGACGGACAGGUCCCGUCUUCGAGCUCUCCUCCUUCUCAGAGCUGCCCAGCCUCUGCGUUACCGACCCUCCGGCUCCACCUACCAUCCCCUCCCCCAGCCAAGCAGAGGCCACGGAGGAGCCCAGAGAAGAAGAAGCAACAGCACGAGUCGUAGGAGAAGUGGACGAAGAGGAGAGCUGCGUUGGGGAGGGCGGGGAGGCGGCAGGGCUGGACGAGCUGGUGGAGCGUCUGAAGGCCCGCUGCGUCUCCUGCCAGCCCGUCAUCCUGCUGGACGCGCGUCGCCUGUCCCCCUUCCUGCUCCGCCACCACGCCAUCGCCGCAGCCUCGGCUCCUCGGGCGCCAGUGCCCGCAGCGCAGACCGAGCCUGAGUCCGAGAGCUCCAGCUCCAACAGCAGCGCGCUCCCUGCCCCCACCACCCCCUCCUCCUCCAACAGCUCGGUGGGACACCACCUGGGCAAAGAGGCCGGCGAGGGUCAGCCCGAGCGCCGCCGCCUCAACAGGCGUAGGCUGUCGGACAGCUUUUCCAGGGUCAGUGGCGGUGGCGCCAGUGGGUCGGGCUCCUCUCCUGAGCGGACCGUGCUGGCGAGCAGGAGCAAGCAGCCCGCGGGGCGAGUGGGCACGGGGAGGAAGGCCUGCGUCAGCGGCCUCAGCGUCAGCCGCUGGACCAAGCGGGACACGAACUUGGCCCGCGCCCAGCACAAUGCGCACGACUCGCUGGACUUUGGCCCGGCAGCUGUGGCCAAACCCAGCAAGGAGCUUUUGUCCAACUGGCCAGCGCUGCCUGUCACCCCGGCGCGUGCGGAGCACCUGAACAUCUCGUCCAUCCUGGCCGGCCUCUCCCCAGACGCGUCCCUCUCCACACACAUGUGGAGCCGGCUCAAAGCUGCCCUGUCCGUCCACAAGAAGAAAACCGCAUUCGCUACCCCCCACCGUCUUGGCUUGUCUAGCAUGCAGUCUCCCGCAGUGCAGCGGCUGAAUGCCAGUCAGGACCUCUUUGCCUCACCGUCCCUUGCUCCCUUGACCCGUCUGUCCCGGGGUUCACUACACUCCUCUCAGCUCUCGGUGGCGGAGGACAUCAGCGACGCGGAGAAGGUGUACCAGGAGUGCCAGCAGGAAGGGCCGCUGACGUUCGACCAGUGCAUCCCGCCUGCCCGCAUGAAGCUCUGCCGCAAGAUUGGAGAGGGCACCUUCGGCGAGGUGUUCUCCACCACCAACAGCGACGGCCAACCGGUGGCGCUCAAGAUUAUUCCUGUGGAAGGCAAGCAGAAAGUCAAUGGGGAGGACCAGAAGAGUUUUGGAGAAAUCCUCCAUGAAAUUAUCAUCUCCAAGGAGCUGAGCAGCUUGGAUGAGAAGGAGGAAAACCGAACAUGCGGUUUCAUCGGCCUGCACGACUUGCAUUGUGUCCAGGGCCCAUACCCAAAGCAGCUGCUGAGCGCCUGGGACAAGUUCGACAAGAAGCGCGGCUCCGAGAACGACCGGCCAGAUUUCUUUGGUGAGGAGCAGUUCUUCUUGAUUCUGGAGUUUGAGUUUGGUGGCAGCGACCUUGAAAACAUGAACGGCAAGCUGUCCUCUCUGGCUCAGGCGAAGAGCAUCCUACAGCAAGUGACAGCUGCGCUGGCCGUGGCUGAACAGGCCUUGUGUUUUGAGCACAGGGACCUACACUGGGGCAAUGUCCUGGUGAAGACCACCAAGCAGAAGGAGUGUGACUACGUCCUGAGUGGUGAAACCCGCUCCUUAGAGACCAGAGGGGUGCAGGUCAACAUCAUCGACUACUCCCUGUCUCGACUGGAGAUAGAUGGUUUGACGGUGUCCUGUGACAUCUCUGCUGACGAAGAGCUGUUCAUGGGCCAGGGAGAUUACCAGUUUGACAUCUACCGCAAAAUGCGCGAGGAGAACCGUAAUAACUGGAGUGAGUACCACCCCCACACUAAUGUGCUGUGGCUGCACUAUCUGACGGACAAGCUGCUGGGGAUGAAGUACAAGAGCAGUGCUCAGGGAGCCCAGGCGAGGGCGCUCAAGAGCAGCCUGCGCACCUUCCUCCAGGACCUGCCGGCCUUCCAGUCGGCCACCGACGUGCUUCAUCGCAGCAGCCUGUUCCCGUGAGGGCGCAAAGAGCCGCCGGGGCGCCUGGACUGUUUUAGAAGGACACAGCCUGUGUGCCGCGCGCACACACACACACACACACACACACACACACACACACGUAGACUCACUCAGUUUUGAUGUGUGUGUGUGCUGCCGUUGGAUGCAUUUUGGUGUCAGUUAUAGAGGAUUUUACAGGACUUCCUGAAGUUGUACAGAAGCGUACUGGAUACUAACACUUUUAAAUAAAUCCAUUUUGAUGAGAGCCGACUGGCAAUCAUGGAAGAAAUUGUAAAAAUGGUAUUAAAAAUAAAGUAUUUUUAUUAGUCACAAUAUACACAAUACAUCAGCAUUAAAUAAGCACAUGAUAUUGGCAUGAUUUGGCCAGUCACACUCUUACUCACACACGCACACACACACACACACGCAUACAGAAACAACCCCAUAUGUGUUUAUACUGAGUCUUUGAUCUGCUUUGAGGUAACUGAAGUGCCUUUUGAGGUUUUUUCAUGACAGAGCGUUGUAUACGAUUAUAGUCAGGCAUGAGUUGGGGCAGCUUCUCGCCGGGGCUCCUCAGAAAGAGAAAUAUUUAGUGAACCACUCCUGUCUCUGAGGGUCCUGUCCAUCUGGCGGUACCGUCUCAAUCACUCUCUUUUCUGUGGGAGUCCUGGGGAAAGAGGUGGGAAACGAACACAUGCUUUAGGACCAAAGGAAGAUGGAUUUCUGAAGUCUUCAUACAUAAUAAUAGCAUGCCCUUUUUUCUCAGAAUGAUAUAUUGUGUGUUACGUAGUAAACAUUGUAAUUACUUUUUGUCUCGUGCAAUUGUGCCCCGAAUCCCACAAGACUGAUGGUGUAGGAACAUCUUCACUAUCUAGUGGUUGUUACCAUGGAAACAGGCCUGACCACUUUGUGUUACCAUGGUAGCCAGAAGGUGUUGUCAUGGCCACAGUCCAGAACAUUUUGUGAAACCCUGCAAAAUCCUUCCAAAUGUGUAUGUGUCUGCGUGUGUGUGUGUAUAUAUCUUUUUCACUGGUGACAUGCAGGUGUAUGUCGCUUCUCUUGCUCAUUAAGCCACAGAGCCUAUUACUUCUUGGGCUAGCCCAUUCUUGGUAGAGAAUACAAGCAUACAUUAUUGAGCCAUAUUCCACACGUUUCAUUUCCUAUGGUUAGUUAGUUAUUAAUUGCUGCAUGGCCUCCUACUUGUAUACAGUACGUGUUCCCAUCAUUUGGCAGUAAAAAGAAAAACAAGCUUUAAAAUCAUUUUACACCAUUGUCAAAUGAUCAUCUCAAUGUAUUGUUAUUAAAUCUGUGAGUUGUGCUCCA